AUGGUGCUACUAUGGCUUCUGUGGUACAGGCGAAAUCAGCAAUCGCAUGGAGGAAGCUUUGUUGCUGAGAAGGAUCUGAGUGUGAAAGCAAGGUUGCUGACCGAUGAAUUCGAGGAGGUUCAAGUUCAACAGAGAGCGCAGGCACAGAACGGUGCCAGAAGCAAUAAUGUUGGUGGUGCCAGAUGGUCCUUUCCUCCAUCUGGUAUCACUGAAAUAAUAGACCAGAGCAGUCCUGUGAGACUUGUGGUUUCCUCGCGAUUUGCACUUGCAAAAUUUGAUAGAAAUUCGUCGCCUCCUUGA